AUGACAUACAAACUUAGUUCCACCUUAUCAGGCCACGAGCAAGAUGUUAGGGGCUUGGCAAACUCAACCAUUGGAGACGAGCCCAUACUUGUAUCAGUGCUGAGAGACUCGACAACAAGAGUAUGGAAUCAUGUAAAUACGUCACUGGAAACCGACUCAAGAAUACUUUUCCAUUCACCAACCAAAUCUUUUAUCAAUUCAGUUUCAAUUGUCAAAUUGGAACAAUCGGGCGAAGAAUUAGUUGCUAGUGGAGGACAAGAUGCCAUGAUAUAUUUGAGUGAUCUAUACCAGCAAGGAGUCCAAGAAGGAGAAGCUGUCAAUUUCGACCAGGAUGGGAAAUACCAAUUGAUUGGACACGAAGGAAAUGUAUGCGCCAUGAAUUUUGCUCAUGAUGAAUUUAUUUCUAGCUCAUGGGAUGGAACUGCAAUAGUAUGGAAUUUACAAGAAUUUGUUCCCAAAUUUGUCCUUGGGGGCCAUGAUUCAUCAGUAUGGGAUUGUAAAAUUGUCAACAACAAGAAUCAAUAUUUGACGGCAUCCGCUGACAAAUCAAUCAGACUAUGGCAAGGAGACCAUGAAAUCCAAAAGUUUUUGGGACAUACUGAUGUCGUUCGAAAAUUGUUGGUUUUACCCGGUGGUGAACGGUUUGUAUCUAGUGCUAAUGAUGGUACUAUCAAGAUAUGGGACUUGCAGACGGGUAGGAUAUUGAAGACACUAUUUGGCCAUGACUCAUUUGUUUACGAUUUGGCAUUGUUGCCCAAUGGCAAUCUAGUAUCUACUGGUGAAGAUAGAACCGUCAGAAUUUGGGAUUUAUCAAAGGGUGAACAAGCAGUGCAAGUGAUUACUUUACCAUGUAUUUCAGUGUGGUGCGUGACUAUGUUGCCAAAUGGAGAUUUUGCCGUUGGUGGAUCCGAUAACCAAAUCCGGGUCUUUACUCAAGAUCCAGCGCGAGUAGCUCCACAAGAUGAAUUGAAAGCAUUUACUGAAGCAGUGCAAUCAUCAUCAAUAUCGGAACAAUCAUUGGAUGAUUUGAAGAAAACCGAUAUACCGGGUAUCGAGGCGUUAUCUAAGCCGGGGAAACAAGAAGGGUCAACCAUAAUGGUCAAGACUGCGGAUGGCACCAUUGAAGCUCACCAAUGGUCUGGCGGAGAAUGGCAUAAAAUUGGUGAUGUUGUUGGGGGAGCAAGCUCAACAAAGAAGCAAACGUACGAGGGACAAGAAUAUGAUUAUGUGUUUGAUGUCGAUAUUAAGGACGGUGAACCACCACUAAAAUUGCCCUACAAUUUGAAUCAGAAUCCCUACACGGUGGCAGAAAAGUUUUUAGCUGAUAAUGAGUUGCCAUCGUCUUAUACUGACGAAGUAGUGUGGUUUUUGGAGACGAAUACAGCGGGGGCAAAGUUGAGUGAAGGAACUACCGAAAACAACCAAGCCCAGCUGCCAGCAUUGGCUAAUGAUCCGUAUUCUGAUGCUUAUGCGAGACAACAUAGUUCAGGAGAGCAGCCUCAAGUUGCAACGUCGAUUAUACCAGAGACUCAAUUUAUUUCGUAUAAAGAAUUCAAAAAGGAUACCAUACUCAAUGGAUUGAAAAAGUUAAACCAGUCACAGGAAACUAGUCAAUUCACCGAGGAGGAGAUAUCAACUAUUCUGGGCUUAAUUUCUAAUUUAUCUUCAGGUGAUGCUGUUGAAUUGAUUUUGAACUAUGCCACUAAGAUCAUUUCAUCUUGGAAUACAUCAUCGAAAUUGAUUGGAUUUGAUUUGAUUCGAAUUGCUCUUGGCAAAAUUACCGCUCACGAUUUCCUUGGCCAGGAGUCCGUUGCCCAAACAGUGUCCAAUCUGAUUGAAUCUGGGUUGGAAAUUAUCGAUUCUUCCAAUGCAACCUUGUUCAUGAUGAUUAUGAAAGUGUUGGCCAAUUUCAUUGGUGGAGCUGGAUUCAUUCAAGCCUAUAUUGACCCAUUCGAGGGUGACUCAACUCGGUAUAUCUACAAUGCCACAUUCCAAAAGAUCUUGCACGAAAUUGGACAAAAGGCCACAGCAUUGGAUUCGUCAGCCAAGCUUUACGCCGCAGCAAUUACAGCACUAGCUUCUUUUGUUUAUGAUUUAUCAACGGUUCAAAUCAAGACAACUGGAUUAAACAGCCACUCUGAGACUUCGGCUGCUCCCGUAUUGGACCUAGUGGCGAAAAUAGGUGAUACCGUGGUGAAAUCUUCAGGCGAGGCCGGGUAUAGAUUGGCCAUUGCUUAUGGAAAUUUCAAGUACAUUAAGGCUUACCCAACAAAUGCACCACCGCUGCAAUGGUUGAAUAAAUGGAAUGAGCUAUACGCGUCAAAGGAACAGAGGUUUAAUGAUUUAGCUCGUGACUUGACACUAUUAUAG